AUGUCAAACAACUACCAUUUCCGCAUCGCUACUGCAGAUGAGGCCCCUCACCUCCAAAACCUUAUCCAUGCAGCGUUCCGCUUCACCGGCGCCAGCAUCGAAUGGAUCGGAUCACCAGAACUCGCCGAGACAUUCACGAUGGACAUGGGCGUCAUCACCGAAAGAAUAAACUCUCCCGAAAACGUCUUUUUCAUCUUAAGCGACGAACCCAACGGUCCCGCGAUAGGCUGCGUCAACGUCUUCAAGAAGGGCCCCGACUACGGCCGCAUAGCCCUACUUGCAGUUGAUCCGACCAUACAGCGCAGCGGACUGGGCAAGAUUGUCAUGAACAAGGCAGAGAGACAUCUCAAGGAGGAGUUUGGUGUCAAGAGGAUUGGGUUAAAUGCGCUGCAGACGAGGAAGGGUCUUAUUGCGUGGUAUGAGAGGCAGGGGUUUGUCAAGACGGGAGAUGUGACGAGGAUUCCUAUUAAGGGAUCUGAUGAUGAGAUUGUGCUUAUUGAGUUUGAGAAGACUGUUUGA